CAGCAGUAGGUACAUUUUAAAUCUCUCAUUGGAGCCGCACUGCACCAAAGUGCUCUCGUGUUUAUUUUCAUAACAAUGCAUUGGAUCUUCACCUGCACCCUGCUUCUUCUUUUAAAUCUAUUUGAAGCUUCUGGCAAGUAUGUCUAUAUUAAAGAACCAAAGACUUGGUCUGCAGCUCAGCAGUACUGUCAACAGGAAUACGCUGGCCUGGCUCCUGUCAGCAACCAACAGGACAUUGUCAAAAUGAUGGAGCUUGUCAACGGAAACUUUAUCCCAUCUUGGAUCGGAAUGGAGGACAAUGAUAUAGAAGUAGAGCAAUUGAAGAUUUGGGGGGGUGGAAAGAUGCUUUUUCCAACUCCAGGUGAAUCCACAAGCCUUCAAGGGGCAAACAGCAGCCCCACUACUGACUACUAUGUGGGUCUACAAACAACAGCCCCUUUUUUUUGCUACAAACCAGUCGUGGUGAGGAAGAAAAAGAGCUGGGAGGAUUCUUGGAGCUAUUGCAAAGAACACCAUAACAUGCUGGCCAGUGUGACAUCGGUAGCAGAGAUGCAACUUAUCCAGAAGGAAUUGAGCAAAGUUCCCACCACUGAACGUGUCUGGAUCGGUUUGCAUUUUUUUCCUGGGGACGAAUGGCUGUGGGUGGACAGCCAGCCUCUGGAUUAUGAGGUGUGGGGUUCAGGAAAAAAGCCACAGUGUCCAAAGGUGAACACAGAGUGUGCAGCCUUGCAGGUGACCAAGCAGAAUAUCAGCAGCUUUAUAAGCAAUUCAGUUGGCUCUGGAGAUACUUCAGGUAACUCUGGAAGUAAUCCUGGUAACCCUGGAAAUACAUCUGGUAACACUGGGGGUAACCCAGGUAACUCUGGAGGGAAUCCUGGUAACUCUGGAAGUAACCCAGGUAACUCUGGAGGCAAUCCUGGUAACUCUGGAAGUAACCCAGGUAACUCUGGAGGCAAUCCUGGUAACUCUGGAAGUAACCCAGGUAACUCUGGAAGUAACCCAGGUAACUCUGGAGGCAAUCCUGGUAACUCUGGAAGUAACCCAGGUAACUCUGGAAGUAACCCAGGUAACUCUGGAGGCAAUCCUGGUAACUCUGGAAGUAACCCAGGUAACUCUGGAAGGAACCCAGGUAACUCUGGAGGCAAUCCUGGUAACUCUGGAAGUAACCCAGGUAACUCUGGAAGUAACCCAGGUAACUCUGGAAGUAACCCAGGUAACUCUGGAGGCAAUCCUGGUAACUCUGGAAGUAACCCAGGUAACUCUGGAGGGAAUCCUGGUAACUCUGGAGGGAACCCUGGUAACUCUGGAGGUAACCCUGGUAACUCUGGAGGGAACCCUGGUAACUCUGGAAGCAACCCAGAUAACUCUGGAGGUAAUCCAGGUAACUCUGGAAGUAAUCCAGGUAACUCUGGAGGGAAUCCAGGUAACUCUGGAGGUAAUCCUGGCAACUCUGGAGGUAAUCCAGGUAACUCUGGAGGGAAUCCAGGUAACUCUGGAGGUAAUCCAGGUAACUCUGGAGGUAAUCCUGGAAACUCUGGAGGUAAUCCAGGUAACUCUGGAGGUAAUCCUGGUAACUCUGGAGGUAAUCCAGGUAACUCGGGAGGGAAUCCCUGGUAACUCUGGAGGGAAUCCUGGUAACUCUGGAUGUAAUCCAGGUAACUCUGGAAGUAAUCCUGGUAACUCUGGAAGCAAUCCUGGUAACUCUGGGAGUACUCCUGGUAACUCUGGAUGUAAUCCAGGUAACUCUGGAACUAAUCCAGGUAACUCUGGACGUAGACGACGUAACACUGUAGAUAAUCUAAGUAAUUCCAAUGUUUCUGGAGGUACUUCAGUAUCAGGAAUUAUUGACCCAGUUGAUUCUCUGUGGAAUGCUCAUAAUUGUGAGGAAAAACUGCAUUUUAUCUGCUAUUAGCUCUAACAUCUUUUCAA